GCCAGCCGAUGAGACAGUCUUUUAGCAACAUUCGUGAAGUCAAGAUCAAGUUGAAAUCAAGUCGCACUGCUUCAUAACAGAAACGUUUUCCAAUUUAAUUUCCCGCUUUAAAAGUCGUUUACCCAUUUCGGUCGUGAUCAUCGACGCGUAUAGAAAUCAAAUAUUUUAACGCGAAAAAAUAAAUAAAAUUUUGUUAUUCGUGCAAAUUUAUAUCGAAAUCAUUAAGAAAUUCGCAUUUUUAUUACUACGACGUUGCACACUCGAAUACAUCGAUAUUAUUUUGUUCGAGUCUUUCUUAUUAACCACUUCGAUAAGUGUUUGUUGGUGAUAACGGAAAAGCUAUAGAAUUAAAAUAUACAUACACAUAUACAUACGAGCACUUUAUUCAAUUCUAAGUUCAAGAAAUUUAUUAUCAUUUCGAAAGAGAAAAAAAAUACCAAUCAAUAACAAAAACAAUAAAAAAACAGCAAAAAUGUACGUGAGCCGGUUGCCGAAGCUGUCCUUACUCGUACUAGCAUUUGUUGCUGGCCUAGACUAUGCUACUUUGAGUCCUGUGAAUGACGUGUCCAGUGGAUCGGAAUUGAACGAUUUAAAUAAGACUCCAGUGAGAUCGAAAACGAGAACAGAGCAAAAAACCGAAUCUUCCAGUUUCAUACACUAUGAUGAAGACUCUCUCCGUUUAGUGGCCGAUCUAAACGAAGACCGAAAACUUAAAUAUGAUGUCGAGGUGCUGGAAGUGCGAAAUGUCAAUAAGGAGACCGAUGAACUUGAAGAACGAUUUAGGGGUCCGGCCAUCAAAAUGGACACUGAUAAUUUCGUGGCGGAAAAUAUCGAAAUGAAUGGCGGCAGUGUUGGCGAGGGUGUCGUUGAUGAUGACGAUGACGAUAAAUCCAGCCACAUAAUUCUUACAAUGGUGCUCGUCUUCGUGGCGCUAUUUUCGAUUUCUUUGUAUGUGGCGCUGGUCAUCUGGCGUUCAAACCUCGAAAGACGCUAUGGGAUGCGUGAAUUGCUGGUCACAAGUGAUGAUGAAGUUUAUCUGCCCAGCAGUGACACUACGGAUCGACGUUGCUGAUUUUAAGAAAUGAAAGAAUGCUGGAGACUUAAUUUUGAUACCGACAAACUGUUUAAAAAAAAAACGAUUGACAUUGUGAGUCAACAGUUAAUUCAAUUCAAUUCAUUAAUGCAAUUUCGCAACGUUUUUCCCAACGUCAUAAAUAUUAAAACUUUAAUUGUUUGAGAUGCUUGAACAUAAAUACAUUUACUCACAUAUUAUAUUUGUAUAUAAAUUAUAGAGCGAAUGCGAAUACCUCAAGUCGCGUAUCGAAAUCAAUUAAGUUUAAGAAUUACUAAAACAAAAACUUGUCUUCCAAAGUAGGCGAUUCAAGUUAGUGUGAUGAUCAUAGCAAGCUAAAACUUGUGUAAAAGCGUGACUAAAGAAAAAGCGAAUGGUAGGAAGUUUGCCAUAUAGUGCAUUGCAAAAUAUUGCCGCGUAAAUAAAAUAGAUAAAUAGAUUUUAAUUUUUGAUACGGGAGCUGCUACAAGCCGUAAUAUUUGCAAACCUAAGCCUGCUGGGAAAGGAAAAUUGAAAGAGCAAAGUAACUACUAACUUUUAGAGGAGCUGAAAAAUUAUUAGCUUUGGAAAUUUUCAAUCAGAAAAGUGUAGUUUCGUAAAUACUAUCUUCUUUAGCCGAAGAAAAUUAAAUCCCAAACCCUACAAAUUAAUUCCGCUAUAGAUAACGGCGAAACGUGAAACACCUGGUACAGUGUAUGGUUGCUGCCAAGUGGUAUGAAGCAUUUUAAACACAAUAAGCAUUCGAUUACUCUCCAAUUUUAAGUAUUGCAGGAAAAUGUCAGCUAUCACAAAGUAUUUUAUAAAUUGAAAAGUACUUUAUGCGCAUGGUGUGACAGUUUUUUUCAGUUUAACAGACUUUCUGAAAUCCCUUUCCUUGCCACGUGUGACGAGCAAUGCUAAGUGUCAAAUAGAAGAGCGAACAUUUUUUGUUUUUAUAUAGUGCAAUAGCUGUUAAAUACUUGCAUGCAUACAUAUAAGCUCUUUGUGGUAGUUUGUAUUUAAAUAUUGUUUCACACUGUAAGUGCAUUCGCAGCUCAAAAUAUAUAAACGAAAAUAUUGUUUUUAUAAAACUGAGUUUAGUUGUAGUACGUAUUUGAAAAUAAUUGUUAAGCUGUGAUAUUGAUUUAGAUCUGACAAACUAGCCCACAUUUUUUCAUGUCACAAAUUGUUUACAAAUAAUAUAUGUACAUAUGUACAUAAGUAAGUAUGUAUAUUGAAAAACAAAUAGUAUGAAUUUGUAAUAAUGUUUCAUAGAAAUUAAGAAAUUGCGAAACAACAACAUGUUGCACAAUAGGCAAUUCAUGCAUAUUCAAUCAUAUUAAACCAGUUAUAAGUAAAUAUAAUUGCAGUUGUCGUUUUUCUAAGGAAAUUGCAACAUUGUAACGUCGUUUCUGGAUUUUUACAGAAAUUAGUGAACAAAAUAAAUAAAUAAAAUAUAUUUUUUAUUAAUAAUAAGUUUGAUAGCUAAGUAAUAGUAAUAAAAUUUAUUUUAAAUUUAUCAGCAUUUUAUACA